AUGUUACCGGUCUCACGACCUGAAGGACAGAUGAGUUUCAACUACAUUCCAACCACACAGUCCAUGUCGGGAACUUCGACAGGGCGAAGUUCCCCCAGCGACCUGGCUGGCUCGGGGGCUGCGAAGGCGCCAUUUGGUGUUUCGCGACUGGGGGCUGGCUCCCCUUCUCACGAGUUGGGGACACGUUUGUACCCGAAGCGUGCUCGUGAGAUUCAGGCCCAGGAAGGUCUCCCCACCAGUAUUUGGGGUCCCCCGACUAGUGGUCACUCGACCCCGCUGCGUGAGAACAUUCCCGAGUCGCCUAGCCAGGAUAGCUUUCCCGACCUCAUCCCUACCACCAAUGGCUCAAUGACUGGCUCUGGCCGUCGAGCCCGAGCUGGCACGGUUCCCUCUCGAUUCCCACCGAUGGGGACCCUGAAUGAGAUGGAUUCCCUUCCGACCCCCGGUGUAUCGGGCAUUGACACGAGUGCCGGUAUCGCGAGUUCGACUGCCGGUCCUAACCCGACCAUGCUGUCCCGUCUUCGAGCUGGCUCGAUGCCGCAGCGGAAUAGUCUCCUCGGGACGGGCGGUCCUUUCGGCUCAUCCGUCUUUUCUUCGGGUUGGUCGACUGGUCGCGAUAGAGCCACCACUUUGACGAGCAUCCGCUCGUCGGAGGGUCCAGCUUCACCGAGCCAGUCGUCCUUCUCUCAAGACACUGAUGUCAGAACUCUUGACUAUCUCGGUUUGGCGGAGACUCCCCAACAGCCGAGGGCUUCCCUUGCACGACCGUCGAUGGAGCAGUUGAUUCACCACCAACAGCAGCAGCAACAGCAGCAAGCAUCUGCCCUGCCGCCACUCCUGGCCGAGCUGGCGAUGAUGAAGAGCAACAAUCGGUUCCGGUCCUACUCUGUUAAUGCGAAGGAGAAGUAUGCCGAUGAUGAGGAUUUGGAAUAUGAGAGCCGCUACUCUGGAGUUCCCUCAGGCACGCUGACUCCCUCGGCCGCUGCUACGGCUGCUCAGCUUGCUGCCACACAGGCACAGAUUCACCAGCACAACCUGGCUGUUCAGGCGUUUGCCAGUCAUGCCUCUGUCAACCGCCCUCGUGCAAGGACUGCUGGUAUUCUGGAGGCCCCUCCCCAACGAUCAUCCAUCCGCAACUACCUCGCCACACCCUCCCGUCUCGACAACAGCUUCACUCCUUCCGACCUGCACAUCUCUGAGAGUGGUGAAUAUGAUGACCUUGCCGAGGCGGUCCAAAUGCUGCAUCUUGGAGCCGCUGGCCCUGCAGUUGGCGUUCGUGCAACUGGGGAGCUGGCAGAUGAGAACAACCAGGAUGGUCCGACUCGGGCUUUGUGGAUUGGCAGUAUUCCCGUCUCCACCACGGUCACUUCACUGGAUGCUAUCUUCGGCAUGUACGGAAAGAUCGAGUCUACUCGUGUGCUGACGCACAAGAACUGUGGCUUUGUCAACUUUGAACGCAUUGAAAGCGCUGUCCAGGCCAAGUCUCUGUUGAACGGCAAGGAGAUCUUCCCCGGUGCUGGUCCCGUUCGAAUUGGCUAUGCCAAGGUUCCCGGGACCUCUGCGGCUGGAACCCCCGGUGCCAACGGCAUUCAGUCAUCGCCUACCCCGGAUCCCAACUUCAAGUCGAGCCUUGUCUCGGAGGGUAUCGACCAGACGAAUUCCUUUGGUGUCGUCCCUCAGACCCCUGCCCUGAUUGAUCUGCUGCCCGAGAUGGUCGAGAUUGUGCAGGAGUUCGGAGCCAGUGAAGAUGAUUCUCGCAACAUCACCGCUACCAUCCAAAGUGCUAUUGCCUUCCAGGCUUAUGAAGACGAAAUCCCUUCCAUCUCAGAACCCAGCCAGACCCGCAUGUUUGAUGCCCCCCGUCUGCGUGAUAUUCGCAAGCGUAUCGACAACGGUGCUUGCUCAAUUCAGGAGAUUGAGGAGACUGCCAGUGCCAUGCUCCCUGAGAUUGCUGAGCUUUCCUCCGAUUAUCUCGGCAACACUGUGGUUCAGAAGUUGUUCGAGUUUUGCUCCGAGCCUACCAAGGAACAAAUGCUGUCCCACAUUGCUCCUCACCUUGCUGAAAUUGGUGUGCACAAGAACGGAACGUGGGCUGCACAGAAGAUUAUCGACGUUGCCAAGAGCCCUGCCCAGAUGAAGAUGAUUGUCGACGCACUCCGUCCCUACACCGUACCUCUCUUCCUUGACCAGUACGGAAACUACGUUCUGCAAUGCUGCCUGCGCUUCGGCGCCCCCUUCAAUGAUUUCAUCUUUGAGACCAUGCUGAGCCGCAUGUGGGAGGUCUCUCAGGGUCGAUUCGGUGCCCGAGCUAUGCGCGCUUGCUUGGAAAGCCACCAUGCCACCAAAGAUCAGCAGCGCGCCCUUGCCGCUGCCAUUGCCCUUCACAGUGUGCAGCUGGCCACCAAUGCCAACGGAGCUUUGCUACUUACCUGGUUCCUGGAUACUUGUACAUUCCCCCAUCGCCGAACCGUUCUUGCUCCCAGACUUGUUCCCCACCUGGUGCACCUUUGCACCCACAAGGUUGCAUACCUUACCGUUCUCAAGGUCAUCAACCAGCGCAAUGAGGCCGAGGCUAGAGACAUCGUUCUCAAGGCGCUCUUCUUCAGCCCUGGCGAUGAGGUGUUGGAGAAGAUUCUGAGUGACCAAUCUUCGGGAGCUACUCUGAUCUUCAAGGUCCUGACCACUCCGUUCUUUGACGAGUCGAUGCGGUCAGAGGUCGUGAAGAACGUGUCCAAGGUUCUCACCAAGUUGAAGGCAUCGCCAAGCCAGGGAUACAAGCGCUUGAUGGAUGAAGUUGGCUUGUCUUCCCGUGGUAAUGGUCGCGAGCACCACCACGGUCGUGACCAUGGCGCUAGCCACUCCUCUACCCCCGAGAAGUCGCAGCAACGUCAAUCCUCCCGCCAUGGAAGCACCAACUUCCCGGCACAGCCCCCUUUGGAGCGACAAUACAGUGGCCAAUUCGGCUCCAACAUGCUUGGCCAGGCUCCCGAUUCACGGCCCAUUUCUGCCGACCAGAACAAUGCCCCUCUUGACGCUUAUGGGGCUAAUGGCAUGAAUGGCUUCGGCGGUUCUCUGAACGGCCUUGGAGGAAUGAAUGGUUUCCAGGAUCCCAACGCCGCCCAGCAGCAGCUUCAGUACCAGGCUUACCUGGCCUCCCAGGCCCGUGGUGUCUCUCCUGGCGGUAUGUACCCAGGCAUGCCAGGAGCCAAUUUCGGCUACCCAGCCGCAUCGCCAUCCGUUGAUAAUCUGCGCUCUCUUCAAACUCAGUUGUCCGCUGCGCCGGGCACUAUGAGUCCGAAUGCCAUGCCCAAUCAGUCUGGCUACUCCCCGCAGCAGUUCAGCCCCGUCGUCAACCCAGCCCAAAUGUACCAAUAUCCUCCACAUUUCUAUGCCCAGGCACAGCCGGUGCAGGGCCAAACUGGCGGAGGCCGACGUGGACGGCGCUGA